AUGAUGUUCGUUUUGAUCGUAGCUUUGGUCGCUGCAAUCUGCGCCCCAAUUCAAUCCAGUCCAAUUUGUCCGGCAAUUUACCAACCGAUUUGCGCCUCAAACGGAAAGACUUAUGAUAACGAAUGUCUUUUCAAUCAUGCUUUGGUUGAAGAGGACAGUACGUUAACAAUUAAGUUUCACGGAACGUGUGAGUACUCUGAUUGGGAUGAAAUCGUGUGCGAUGCAGAAGACAAAAGCUCUGCUUUCUGCGGCUCGGAUGGAAUCACCUACAAUAACAAAUGCUUCUUCGACAUUGCCGUUAAAAGGAAUCCGAGUCUGAGGAAGAGAAACGGUGGUUAUCCAUGCUCCACCAGGGAGGUCACUAGGAAGAUAUGCGGAACUGAUAGUAGAUAUUACGAUGUGCCAACGUUCCGAGCGCAACAAUCGGUCAGACCUCAACUUGGCGAGUGGCCGAUACAAAAGUGCAGACCUAUACCACCACCUGUAGGUCCUAGAGUAGAUGAUGAAGAUUAUCGACCACCUCCAUAUUCAAGUUAUAUACGUACACCACCUCUACCCGAGAUUCCAACGGUCUGCGGAUCGGAUUUAUUGAUAUACGAAGAACCGACGUUCAUUGCCCAACAACUGAUCAGAUCCGAACUCAGCCGUUUGCCUCUGAGCGAAUGCUACUACAAACCUUACUUCCAACAAUAAAUCUGUAACUUUAUUAACAAUAUUAUUAUGAUAAACAAACAAAUUAUGAACGAA